GGGACGAAGACACAGCGAACAUUGCAAGGCGAAAGAAGAGGGAGGAGGAGGAGAAGCUCGGGAGGAGGGCAGAGGAGGAGGGAGGAGAGGAGGACAGAGAGAGAAGAGGAGGGAACGAGCCUGUCCAAAGGACACCGUAGGACGGGACGAGGAGCGGAGGACGAGGACGAGGAGAGGGGAAGGAGAGCAGAGGCGCCGGGUGUUGCAGCCAUGUCAGACACACCUCUGCAGGGGAACGGCACAGCCACUGCGCCGUAAGAUGUCGUGUGAGGAGGCUCAGCUCCACAAAGAGAGGCUGCUGGCCUUGGCGGAGAAGCGAAAGCGGCAAACGGAGAUCGAAGACAAAAGAGGCCAGCUCGAUGACCUGGUGCUACAGCUACAACACCUCAAGUCCAAAGCCAUGCGCGAGCGAUGGCUCCUGCAGGGAAUGGGCGUGGAAGAAGGCGGGCCGCGGCGGAAACAGCUGGAGCAGGAUGAAGAACAAGGGAGGAGGCUGGAAGACCUGAUACACGGGCUGGAGUCUGACAUCGGCGCACUUGAAAGUGAAGAGUCUCAGAUCUCAGCCAAAGAGCAGGUUCUACGAGAACGUCUGAAAGAGACUGAGCGUUCCAUAGAAGAUCUGCAGAAGAGCCUGAUGUCCCAGGAUGGAGAUGCCACCUGCUGCAUGUCCGCCCCCCUCUCGGACUGCACGGACCCCGAUCCCGACCACCUCGUCCUGGCCGCGCAGCCCCGGACCGGCCCACCUGCCCCUGGAGAGCACGCCACACCAAGACCUGCACUGUUUGCCAUGGAGAUCAACGUGCAGCAUGACCCGCAGACCGGCGAGCAGCGCAUCCUGUCGGCCAACCGCGUGAGCCCGUUGGACGCGGCGUCGCGUGGCAUCAAAGUCUACGACGACGGCAGGAAGGUGGUCUACGAGGUCGCCUCCUCUGGGGGCGUGUCCACCACCACUGUGGAGAACGGUUGGAGCUCCUCGCAGGUUGACCAGCUGAUCCAGCGAGCGGCCAGACCUGUCGCGCGAGGAGGAGAUGGCGGGAGGGGUCAGGUGACGGUGACCCCGGCCGACCCACUGGCCUACGUUUCCCCGGCAGAUGUGGAUGAUCUGUCCCCGCCCUCCUGCGCCCCGCCCUCCAUCCCUUCCAGCCCGCCAGCCCAGGUCGUCCUCCAGAGGGAGACCCGGCUGGGAAUGAUUCCCCCCUCUCCUCCUGUCACAACCCAGCCCGCCUCCUCAGCCCACCCGGGCAACGAGCUCACCUGCCCGCCUCAAGCCAGCGCGGAGCACCCGGUCACCAUGGUGUUCCUUGGCUACCAGGACGUUGAGGACACGAGCGAGAGCAGGCGGCUGCUGGGCUUUGACGGCGCCGUGAAGGCCGAGGUGGUUCUCAUCGACGAAGACGACGAGAAAUCGCUGAGGGAGAAGACGGUCACCGACAUCUCCAUCAUCGACGGCACGGCGGCCGACCUGGUGUCAGGGCGGCCGGCCACAUCCGAGGGCGCCAGCACGGAACUGUCAUCUGAUGGCCGUGAGCCCGACAGCGCCUCUUCUCCACCCGCAAAUGCCGACGCCAACCCGGCCCCCCCACCCGGCCUCACCCCCGCCACAGGAUACAGCCAAACACCAGAAGUUGCCUUAACAACAGCGAAUGGCUAUCAAGCUCCCGUGCCGACCAGACAUCCUCACACUGCCAUGAAAUCGUGGCGGGCAGCCGAGGAUGUCAGUGACCCAGUUCCCAGAGAGCGAGCCCUGAAGAGCGUCAGUUUCCUGGAAUCGGUCAGCGUCAUCACCGACGGCCCUGCGACCAUGGAGCUGGAGAGCCAGCAGAUCCAACAUGGCUGCCUCAGUCAUCCCAGUAUCCUGACUCACAGUGCAGCCGGUGUGAGAGUAGAGACUCCCGACAGCGAGGUGGUUCAGGAGAUCCGUUACCUGGACCAGGUGUUGGACGCAGCCUCCGAAACGCCCACCAACGGCAACUCGUCGCCGCCAGAGCACGGCAAACCAAUCAGCGUCGACGGGGGCUCUCGCUCCGUCUGCGUGUCGGCGUCCUCUCCCGUCAAUCACCAGGCCAUCGUCGUGGAGGGGCAGAGGCAAACCACGUUCCUCCACCAGGAGGACUCGGCCGUCCGGACCAACGGACACGUGCAGGGGGAGGAGUCGGGGCGCGGCCGGGCCAAGUUUGAGCUGAGGGCGUUUCAUGAGGAGCGAAGGCCCGCGAAGCUCUUCACCCCCGGAGAGGAGCAGCAUGUCAGGGUGACGAGGAGACGACCCUCAGAGGAGGUUCAGGAGUUGGAGCGUGAGCGCCAGGAGCUGAUCAAGGGCCAGGCUGUGAAGAAAAACCCCGGGAUAGCCCAGCGCUGGUGGAACCCUCCCCAGGAGGUUCCUUUGGAGGAGCAGCUUGAGAUAGAGCAGCUGGAGUCGCUCAAGAAGUACCAGGAGAGGAAGCAGCAGAGGCAGAAUUUUAAUUAUACAUACACACAGCCCCAGGUGUCCGGUCCUCCCACGGUGGUGACCUUCGACCCGGAGCUAACCAGGAAGGAGGACAUUGUGGAGAAGCAGAUCGACUUCUCGUCCGCCAGGAAGCAGUUUCUGCAAGGGGAGGCAACCAAGAAGGACGUAGCUCCUCAGAUAUACUCGGCCAAACCCUUCUCGAGAUCCGUAACCAGGGGCAGCCUGGGGAGCAGCGACGUUGCUCCUGAGACCGGGGAGGGUCACGUGAGCUGGUCUGAUGAAGGGAUCGCAGGAGAAUUCACAUGUGCCCGAGCUGUAAUGACAAUCCUGCCUGAGGAGGAGGAAGGGAAGGGUCUCUACCACCUGUCCUUUCACGCAGAGGAGUCUGACUCAGGAUUGGAUGACUUAUCUGUCCGCUCCCAGGACACUACUGUGUUUAGCUUGGAUAAUGUUUCCGACAGCGGGGCUUCGCUACCCCCUACCCCGUUGCCACUUACCCCCGUGUCACCCCCGACUCCGCAGCCCACCACGCCAGUCAACGGGCAGACCGGUGGCAGUCCAACAGACGACGAGCUGGAGUACCACGCUGGGGUACUUGUCCAAAACGCCAUCCAAAGUGCUCUGGAGGCUCAGAACGGAGGCGAGUGGCAGCCAUCUGACUUGGAUUCGUCCCAGCUCAGCACGCCUGCGUCGCCAUGUUCAGCUGCCACUAGUAGUCCAGUGCCAGUUUCCUUCUCCCCGGUGUCUUCUGGUGGAGCUCCGAGCCUCCAGUCACCUGCGUCCUCCAGUCCCGCUCCAUCCAACCCGUCCCCUCAGCCAGACAGGCAACCGGAGGAGCAGCAGCAAAAUCCCUCCAGUCGACCACAGCUCCAGACGCCUUCUCCGCCACCUCCUCAGACUGUCUCACCUCCACAGCGACCUAAAGACGGAGGCCCCAGGAUCAAAAUCCAGUCCUCUUACGCCCGGGCACUUGCUUCCUCGUCUGCGGCUCCAGCUCCGGCUUCGGCACCAGCUCCUGCCUCGGCAGCUCCCGUCCCCAGGCCAAGCGCAGUCUACCGCCAACCUUCUCCCCCAGGCCCGGAGAAACCGGAGUUCAGCUACUUCAGUAAAUACUCCGAGGCGGCCGAGCUGCGCAGCACAGCGGCAGCGGCGCGAGCCCCGGAGGCGGAGGCGGCCAGCGGCCCGUUCCGCCUGCGCUCCAAGAAGCAGCGAACUCUGUCCAUGAUCGAGGAGGAGAUCCGCGCAGCUCAGCAGAGGGAGGAGGAGCUGAAGAAACAGAGGAAGGAGCUGCCCGUCGCCGUCGUCCGCCCCAGCAACACGUCCGGCAGCAGCCAUGGGCAUGCGAGGACGGGGAUCAGGCAAACCAGUAUUUCCCCGGUAGACAAGAUGAAGAGCAACAGCCUGCCAACUAGACUCACACUGACAGCGAAGACAGCGCCAGGAAAGAUCGAGAAGGUUCGACCCGCGCCGCCCGUCUCGCCCUCACCCUCAGAGGGAACCCUGUCCGACGCCGGCAGCGAGGACUCCGGGGGGUCGCGACCCAAAAACUACAUGCAGACGCUAAUGGAAGACUAUGAAACACACAAGGUGAAGCGGAGGGAGAAAGUGGACGACAACAGUUACGCCCGUUUGUUGCUGGCUAAUGAGGUUCUGGAGGCCACUCGUGUCACCAGGAGGAAAAGCGACAUGGCGCUGAGGUGGGAAGCCGGCAUGUACGCCAAUGAUGGAAAGGAAGAAGAAGAAGAGGAUGAGGAGGAGGAAGAAGAGGAGGAGGAGGAGGAGUAAACGGCUCCCUUUGAAAGACACUUAAAGGGGACUGGGGUUGGAAGGAGGAGAAAGAGAUGGACGAAGAGACUGAAGGCCAAAAAAAAAAAAAGGAAGCAGUAUUUAUUUUACUAAUUAGUAUUCUGGUGAUCACACGACCCAUCGGCUCGACCAAUCGGGAGCCCGUCGAGGAGACGCAUCAAGUUGUGAUUUUCCUGGACCCGAGGAUUGAAGGGCAGCACGUUACAAGACUACAGAGUACGUGAGAGACAUUUGAAGUGCCGCAGUGAGUCCGAAAGGGGGGAAAAGAGAAGGUCGGCGAUGCAAGCGACACUCUGAGAAAAGGUUUGACGGUGGUUUGGGAGCGUGGUGCAGAAGUUCAUUUGGGGACAGAGGGUUUUUGACUAGUUGGUAGACGCUGAAUGACUUGAGGAAGUAUUCAUAGGAUUUUUCGCUCUCAACUUUACGGUUGAAGCGUGGGGCUGGAGAUCUAAAGAUUAUAUUUUGACAGGUUGCCUGAGACUUGAUGAUGAUGAUGAUGAUGAUGAUGAUGAUGACGAGGGUUUUUGGUAAUGUGUGAUAGAUGAUAAAGCCCAGUAAUCUUUAAAACGAGUGGGACGGGUUUGAUCACCAACAAGAAGAGAAAAAAAAGGAUGCAAUAGACAAGUAGGUGUGUGAGUGGCUAUUAUUAAGACACGUCCGACUGGAAGAAGUGCAAGAAAGGAGAGAGGUCGAUGCCUAAUCACACUCUCAGACAUGUUUUCUUCCAGGGUUUGGUGAUACUGCAGAGAGAGGGACUGUGACGGUUUCCCCCGGGAUUUCGUCCAAACGAGACCCAAAGCAUCACUUUUCAGAUCCCGUGACGUUUUAUCCUCUUGAUAAUCUGCACAGUUUGAGCACUCGGACUGAAUGGAGCUUUGGCAAAUCCCUCUCAAGCACCUGCGUCGAAUCGUGCAAGCGCCGACUCAGAGGGCUCCGCGUUCCUCGGAUGGCUCAAACGCCAGCGAGGAAACCUGAUGCAGAGCGAGCAUCAAGGUGCAGCAAUUUUUUUAUUGCCUUAGACCUGUCAGUUAAUUUGGCGAGUGCGCGAUAUGAAUCAUGUGUUUUAUCGGGGGGGGGGGGGGUCGGAGCUAACUGCAGUUCAUGUUUGUGUCACUUCAGUCGGUGUGUGUGUGUGUGUGUAUCGAUGAAAAGGGCUGGGUCCAUGGGUUUUUAUAUUCUCAAUAGGAGAAAAAAAAACACUUAUUUUACCUUUUUUUUUGCUGGCUACGCCGCUUUGUUGACCUGUGCUUUCCUGAUGUAAGCAGUCGUUUUCAUGUAUUAUACCGAGGUAGGACUGUGUAUUUGAUAUAUAUAUAUAUAUAUAUAUAUAUAUAUAUAUAUAUAUGCACGCUAUGAACACGUAUGUUGAGAUCACGAUACCUUGCUAGCUGAGGAUGAAGUUUGAUGAAGAGUAUUGGGGGGAGAGAAAAAAAAGAUUUUUAUAAAAAGUUGUUAUACCAAAACAUAAUGUCGACAGAUUUUAAAAAAGCAGUCAGCCUUAGCUCUUACGUCUAUUUAAAACAAAAAACAAAAACAACCAAAAAAAGUACUGAUCAUCACUCUCGUUUCCUGAAACAAGCACACGACAAACCGCAAAAAUCAAGGCAACUCGCAACAGACUGAACAGCACCUCUGUUCAUCUCUAUGUCACUAAUAUACUGUAAGUUGGGGGAGGUCAAAUUCUUUUCUUCCCUAAAUGUAUUUUGAGCAGGGGUUUUUUUUGGGGGGGGGGGGGGGGGGUUCGCAGGACGACGUGAUUUUCUCUUUUGUUAAAUGAAUCGACAGCCGUCAAAUCCGGGCCUCCGGGUUUUUUGACGAUUCUGAGGACGGAAACACGAGACACAAUCAGAAUCAAUGAUUAUUAAGAGUAGAAAUAUGUCAAUAUUUUCCGAAGCACUUUUUAAUCUCUCACUUUUUGAAGCCUUAGAGAUUUAUUCUUAGCAACAGGAUUUUUGUUUUUGUCCCCUUUAAACUAAAGGUUAUCAUUUUGAUCACCAGUUUGUGCUGCUGACCAGUGUCCGUCAGCGAGGGCCCGACCUCUCCGUCUGCUCACAGCGAAUACAACCCGCAGAUAAAUGCCUGAAAGACAGACAAACUCCGAAGUAAACUGAAAUUAUUUCAAGUGAAAUUGCAGGACACGUACAAUGAAUCUGUAUGUCAUGAGGUCAAACUCCUCCUGGCAAACGAUUUGACUCAGUCGUCUGUCUGUGGGAAAUGCAGUGCCAGCUACUCCACCAACCAGAAGUGAAAACCGACGACUUCUGCCUCUGUGCCCAUUUCCCCCCGAAACAGACAAAGAGUCUUUGGUUCCAGAGAAUCUCCCUUGUUCUUGUUUUUACAAACAUUGAACAACAUGUCAAACAGGCGGACGAGGUGUUUAAAUGAGCGAGGAAUGCAAACGUAAGGUGUGUCAUUGAUCAGACGACUUGAACAGCCCUUGUUAUUGUGGCUCAUGUGGUUUCCUCAGUGAGAAGUGUGAGAUUUAAUUGGAAAUAUGAGCAUUUUUUAUUUCUGGUUUUUUCCCCAGGAUGACUAACGGACACAGAUCCUUUGUGAUGAAUGAUUGUUUUACUUGCGUGGCCUAUUCUUGGAAGCCAGCUGAGCAUUUCCCCUCUCCAAGCUUUAUUCACAGCACAAUUAGUUUUUAUAACAGAAGCAAAACAGUUUGCUGUAACUGCAGCAGCACAUUGUAAAUCGGUGUUAUUGCAAACACACACACACACACACACACACACGCUAUCAUCACCUCUGCCCAAAGCCUCUUACAAUUCCCAUUAAAUAAAUAACAAGUUUGAAUAAGGUAACAGACAUCAUGCACACUCCGAGGAGUUAUAAUUGUGUGAUUUAUUAUUAUUUUUUAUUAUUAUUUUGCUUUUGUUGUUUGAAUUGACGGUGCAGAGAGGAAUUUAUUUAUCGUUUUAAAUGCUGGUAGCUUUGUUCUCACGCCGAGCUUCAGUGUGGCCGAUUCUAUCGAUCUCGUAUACGUGUGUAACCUCUGUCCCUAUGUUAACCACUUGUAUGCUCAUACUCUGCUUUUGUUAUUUUAUAGCACAUGUAAGGCUCACAAUUAUACACCCCACUUUACAUAUUAUGAAUAUUUUCUCAUUAAAAACAAAACAUGUACA